GUGAGAGAGAGAGAGACAGUUUGAAGAAAGCCUGACUACAAAGGCAGAAGACAGAAAAAAGAAAGCCAGAGAGAGAGAGAGCUUGUUCUGAUCUUGUAAUAAUUUAAAAUAAAUGGACAGUUCUGCUAUGGCCAGUGAGAUGGACGGAAAAAAGAGCAUGGAUGCCACAGAAGAAUCCCAUGAGGAAGACAGACCGAGUGGACAUGACACAGAGCCUUUGAGUGGAGCCACUGACACCAUGAGCAGGACUAAUGAGGAGAAUGGAGAAGAAGAGCCAAAUCCACAAGCCACCAAGAGAGAAAGUGAUGGCAAAGGUGAGGGUGACGGUAACGGAAAUAAAAAUGGAGAGAAAGAAAUUGAGACACAAACAGAAAAGAAAGACAGUGAUGAAAAGGAAAAAGCAAUAAACACAAAUGAAACUGGAAAUGAAGAAGAAGAAGUCAGGGAGAAUAAAGAGAAUGUUGUUGAGCAGGGGAAAGGGAGCAGUGAAGCUGAAAUCAAACCAGAUGAAAAGUGUGUAGAAGAAGAGAAGAGAACAGAUGAGAAAGAGAAAAUUGCUGACUCUGAAAACCUGGCUUCAAAGGCAGCAGAGACGGAAGUAAAGGCAAAAGAUGAGGCAAAGGCUGAGGUAAAGAAAGCAAGCGCCAAAGACAAACAAGAGAAGACUAAAGGAAAGAGUGGAGUAGCACCUUCCUCUUCUGUUCCCAGACCCUCCAUGCAGAUGUCCUCUCGCCAGCGGAGUGCCAGACCUUCAGCCAGAAGAGACGCCAUGGCAAAGUUUCAACAAGAUUCGACUCCAGCAGUUCGCAACUUUAAGGUCCAAAAGACAUCUGUAGGCGUAUCUGCUGGGACAUCAAUCAAGCAGAAAAUCCUCCACUGGUGUAGCAGCAAAACACGGGCCUAUGAGGGUGUUUCCAUAGAGAACUUUUCCUCAUCCUGGAGCGAUGGCUUGGCCUUCUGUGCACUUGUUCACCGUUUCUUCCCCACUGCUUUUGACUUCUCGUCCCUCAAAGCCAGCGAGCGAGAGAAGAACUUCACCCUGGCCUUCAGCAUGGCAGAAUCACUAGCUGGCUGCUGCCCUCUCCUGGAUGUAUCAGAUAUGGUACUGAUGGGAACCAAACCUGAUCCUUUCAGCGUAUUCACCUAUGUCCAAUCCCUCUGCCAGCACCUCUCCAAAAUUGAGCAAGAGAGGAGAGAGCAAAAGAAGGCAGAGGAAAGCAAGAAACAGGGUGAGGCUGAAAACAAGGUUGAACAAGAACAGGAAGCAGAGGAUGCAGAUGAACAGAAGAGAGGAGAAGAACAAGAGAAUGCCAUGGAGGAAGAAGAAAGAGGAGAGGGGACUGCAGAUGAAGAGAAAGGUGGCAAUGAAGAAGAAAGCAGCAUGCAGGUGGUGACAGAGCAAACCAUCAGUGAGGCGAACACAGAUCUAGCAGCUAAGACUUAAAUACAGUAGAGAAACACACCAUAAAGAUAGCUAUGAGAUUUUCCUCACAGUAUUAAUCAUUUUGAGGUGAAUAUGUUUUGCAAAGAUUGUUGACUUUUAAACUGCUUAGUUGCAAUUAUCUACUGUAUGGAAAUUAUCCAUAUACA